GUCAACAUGUUUGUGGAAGGAUUCCAUGAUGCUAUUCUUCUUUAUGCUCUAGCUUUACAGGAAGUCCUGAAGUUUGGUUUCAGUAAGAAAGAUGGGGAAAAAAUUGUUCAGCAAACACGGAACAGAACAUAUGAAGGCAUUGCAGGGCAGGUGUCCAUUGACGCCAAUGGAGACAGAUAUGGGGAUUUCUCUGUGAUUGGAAUGACGGACCCAGAGGCAGGCACACAGGAGGUGAUCGGGGACUACUACGGAAAGCAGGGGCGUUUUGAAAUUCGAUCAAAUGUGAAAUAUCCUUGGAAUCACGGCAGGCUGCGACUAGAUGAAAGCCGAGUUUCAGAGCAUACAAACAAUACACCGUGUAAAUCAUCAGGUGGUCUAGGAGAAUCAGCAGUUACAGGAAUAGUUGUGGGUGCCUUGCUCGGAGCAGGAUUGCUAAUGGCUUUUUACUUUUUCAGAAAGAAAUACAGAAUAACUAUUGAGAGACGAACUCGACAGGAGGACUGCAACAUGGGGAAACAUCGGCAGUUACGUGAAGACUCCAUUAGAUCUCAUUUUUCUGCUGCAUAAAGAAGAAGAAAAGGAAUCCCAUUAUUUCUGGGGAAAAAAA